AUGUCUGUGGCAAAGAGUCCAGGACGGCUCUGGUCGUCGGUUCGUCGGAAUCUUCUGCUGCUGCUCACCAUGAUGGGAGUGCUGCUCGGAAUCGUACUCGGAGCGAUUCUUAGGUUCGACCUUAGGCCUUUACUUGACUUUAAUAAUGUUAUAGACUUCAAAAGAAUUUUAAUUAGUGUCAAGUAAGGUCAAAAGUGAAUCUCUCGAUGAAGCUUGAAAUCGCAGAUCCGCCAAUUUCUCAAAGGAAGCAAUCCAUUACGUCGGCUUUCCCGGCGAGCUUUUCAUGAACAUGCUCAAGGCUAUGGUUCUGCCUCUGAUCGCCGCAAGCAUAAUUUCUGGUAUGUCGAACUAAUUUUUCGACAAUCCACUUUUUUUCAUUUAAUGAGUUUUUUUUCUUAAUACCGAAAUUAAUUUAACGAAAACUUCGUGAGCUUGCGAAAUGAUUCAGGGCUGGCGCAGCUCGACGGCAAAACUUCUGGCCGGUUGGGAUCGCGAGCCGUUCUCUACUACACUCUGACAACCACCCACGCAGUUAUCGUACAUUUACUGUGGUUAUUCCGAAGGAAGGAGUUGAAUGUUUUCAGCUGGGGAUUAUUGUCGUCCUUCUGGUACAUCCUGGAGAUCCGCGCAUCAAACAAAGUAUGGGCGUCUCCGAAGACGAAAAGGCUCAGGUCUCGGCCGUCAACAAGUUUUUAGACCUGUUCAGGUAUUUCCACGAAAAAAUUCAUUUUAUUGAGAAGACCUUGAAGGAAUGCUUUUCCGGAGAACGUCGUCCACGCGACUUUCGCGCAGGUGCAGACGGCUUUGGUGAACGAGACAACAAGGGGGAUGACACAUGUUGUGCCGCGUACCCACUACGUCAACGGAAUGAAUGUUCUGGGUGUGUCUCCUGGAACCAGAGCAUCUAGAAGACCAACUUCAGGAAUAAUCGUGUUCUGCAUCGUAAUGGGAUUGGUCAUCUCUCGACUGGGAGCUCAAGCCAAGCCUCUUGCAGACUUUUUCCAAGCUCUUGACGUCGUUAUCACCAGGAUGGUGCUGCUCAUCAUGUGGUGAGACAGUCGUAGUAAACAAAUUCUCAUCGACUCAAAGGUUGGGACCUAUUGGUAUUCCGUCGUUGAUCGCUCAGAAAAUGCUGGAAGUGACGGACCUUUGGAUGACGGCGAAGACAUUAGCCAUGUUCAUGUUCACCGUAAUCCUCGGUUUGUCCUGCUAUACCGUUAGAACUUGAACUUGUUUGAUUGUAGGUCUGGCGAUCCAGUGUUUCAUAACACUGCCUCUUAUAUUUUUCAUUGGAACUAGGAAAAAUCCUUAUCCAUUUCUUCGAGGACUCGGACAAGCCAUUCUCACAGCACUUGGAACUGCUUCAAGGUUCAUUCAUUUCUAAAAAAACGACAUUUGGAGGAUUUCAGUGCUGCCUCCCUUCCUGUGACGUUUCGAUGCCUGAGCAACCUCGGCAUUGAUCCCAGGGUCACCAAGUUUGUCCUGCCAGUAGGAGCAAUGGUUAACAUGGUAAAGAAUUUACCCUAGCAAGUGAAAUGAAGUGCUAGGACGGCACAGCUCUGUACGAGGCAACGGCUUCCAUAUUCAUAGCGCAAAUGAACGGAAUGGACCUAUCGAUAGGACAGAUAAUAACUGUCAGGUAGAAGCCCAGGCUAGGAGCCUGGGAGUCAGAGACUUGCAGCAUAACGGCGACGCUGGCGUCCAUCGGAGCGGCGUCGAUUCCGUCGGCUGGACUCGUCACGAUGCUCAUCGUGUUGUCUGCCCUGGGACUUCCGGCCAGCGACAUCUCUCUCAUAAUUGCCGUCGAUUGGUUUCUGUCCGUCACCUUCAUCUCUUCGGCUUCAACUUCUAUCCCAGAGAUCGACUCCGAACGUCUGUGAACGUGAUUGGCGACGCGUUCGGCUGCGGCUUUGUCCAUUGGCUUUGCCACGAGCACCUCGCCGAAGACGUCAAAGAAGCAGAAGAUAAGCAGAACUCGCUAGCCGAAGUCCACGUAUGCAAAAGUGCGAGAAUCGUUUUUACAUUGUAGUUUAGGGUGUCAACUUCGAUCAGUUAGAAAGAGAAGCAAGGGGAACCAACAUCGAGAUCGAUUUCGCUGGAAAUAGCCGUGUCUGA